UGACUGUAUUUUGGGCGAUGCGUUUGUCUGUAGUUAGCUGACAUCCGACUUAAGCAGGCGAGAAUGGCGCAUCAUUUAAACAAAUUAGCAACUGUUCUGCUGUGUGUGCAGUCCGUAUUUUCAUUUGAAGUGAAGAAAGGCUACUUUUGGCAGGUCACUGACUUCCAUUAUGAUGCCAACUAUAGUACCCAUGGCAACCCUCUUAACAUGUGUCAUCAGGGUCAAGGUCAAAGUUACAGAAACAGUAGAUAUGGUAACUACCAUUGUGAUGCACCAUGGUUGCUGAUUGAGUCGGCAAUAGAUGCAAUGGUAAAAUUCCAUCCAUUUCCAGACUUUGUGAUUUGGACAGGAGACAGUGUGCCACAUGUAAAGAAUUCUGAUUUGGACCCAAUGAAAGUUUAUGAAAACAUUGGAAAUGUAACCCUUAGACUUCGAGAAGGCUUUCCUAACACUACCAUCUACCCAGUGCUGGGGAACCAUGAUGAGUAUCCUGCUGAUCAUUUCCCAAAUGGGACCACUAACUACUACCAGGAUAUUCUAUACAAGUCUCACUGGCAUACACUUCUGGAAAAUAGCACUGCUAAUGACUUUCAAACAGGUGGCUACUACCAGGUGCAUACAAAAACUGGUUUAGUUUUGAUUGGACUCAACACAAAUCUGCUCUAUAGUCAGGACCCUCUGACUAAAGGUACAGGAGACCCUGCUGGGCAGUUUAAAUGGCUGAGGUGGAAACUUUUAGAAGCAAGGAGCCUCAACAAAAAGGUGAUCCUCUUUUCCCAUAUUGCGCCUGGUUAUUUCGAAAAGUAUCAGGAUAUGAUGUGGUUUUACGACGAUUACAACAAGGAAUAUGUUAAAAUCCUUCAGACUUUUAAUGAUGUCAUAGCUUCCCAGGUGUACGGCCAUGAACACACAGAUAGCUUUCGGUUGGUGAAAGACAGUUUUGGUGAACCAGUAGACAUUCUGUUUCUCAGCCCUGCAGUCACUCCUUGGAACAGCAGCCUGGCAGGGGUUGGAGCUAACAAUCCUGGCAUACGACUGUAUGAGUACAACCAGGAUAAUGGUGAAGUGAUCAACUACUGGCAGUAUUUCUUAAACCUUUCUUCUAUAAUCGCAGGAAAUCCUCCUAUUUGGGAACUGGAAUAUGAGGCAAAGGAAGGAUAUAACUUGACUAGAUUACAACCGUUGGCUAUGAUGGAACUUGUGAAGGCAUUCAGUACUGAAAAAUUCAAUGAAAUUUAUAUGAAAUACCUAACAUUUAACUCAGUCAGUCAAGAUAUCAGGCCCAGCUGUGAUGAAUCAUGUGUUAAACAACAUUUCUGUGCUAUCAGUGAGCUGGAGAAAUCUGGUUACCAAUCCUGUCUUCAUGAUGACGUUACAACUCACCAUCCACGCCACUCAACUCACAUGCCCCCCUCCAAAAAUGUACCAAAGUAUAUGGAAUACAUAAUUAUUUGUCUUGGUGCCCUCGUCUUGAUACUGUUUAUUGUCAUUGCACUCUUGUGUCUGAAAAAGCAUCACCGCUUCAUUCCUAACAGAUAUUCAAGAUUCAAUUCAAACCUUGCUUCUAACCCAAUCAAUUGAAACAAUUCAUUAAAAAAAUCAUCAAAAACUGAUGAGCUUUAUUAAGGUUGUGAUGAUCACUUUCAUGAUUUACAUAUCAGAUAUAAUAUAUGCAAAACUAUCAAAUGUUAAAACUCAUUGUGAAUAAGAACAAAAUUUGUGAUCACAAAAUUUUAGUCUUUAUGAAAAAUAAAAUGCUUAUAGUCUAGAAUUUAUGAUUAUAGGACUUGUGAAGUUUACGCAGUUUUUUUCCAGUACUGAAAUGCAUGUUCAUGCUACCAUUCAUUGCAAUGAAAUGAUAUCAGUCUUCUCUUUAAUAUGAUAAAUAUAUUGUCAUUGAUUGAGGACUUCAGAAUUUAUAAAAGUUUUUAUACUUCAAUAGUGUUGUUCCAACCAACUCCAUGAUCCUCACUCAGACAUGCUUGUCGAGGAUACAGAAAGGGGGUAAUUAUAGUGCAAGAGUUGUUAUUUGAAACCAAACAAUAUGUGAUACAAAGUAUUAUGCCCAUACAGGCUGAGAAUUGUUGUGUCCUCCUUACCUUGAGCUUGCAUCAUUUGCUGUGUAUGACUCAAUAAACAUUCAUACUUCAGUGGCAUUGUUAUAAUUCAGUUUUAAUAAGUUUAUUUUUACCGCCAUAUAUCCAAAUUUGGGUAUACUGCUUUGUGUCACUGCUUAAAUAGUUCUUAUUCAAAUUGCUUGUGGAAAGUAGAAACAUGUAUGUAAAAUGUUGAAAUGUCUCUAAUAUUAUGAAAUGCUUGACCCUGUUAGUUUGCUCAUUGUUAUUACAUGUGAUAAAUGUAUUAUUUUUAAACUGUUUAUUUAAUUCAGAAAGAACGUUUGUAAGUGAAAUAUUCCCAGUAUUUACACUGGAAAGUAACCAUAAAGAAGAUACCGUGCAUUAUUUUUGGUGCUACCAGUUACCUAGUUAUUCCUGUAAUAAAACCGAAUGGGCCAGCAUACAAAUUCUCUCACAAUUGCAGGGGAAUGAAAUAGAAACUGUUUACAAUUCUACGUAAAUUCUACUGAACAGCAAGAGAUAUUGGUGGGCUAAUUACCAAGCAUGAUCUAAUUGGUAGGAAAAUAUGGUAUUCUAGCUAAGGAUCAUUUGAUUGGUGUAUCCAUCUGGCCAAAUCAAAGGAUACGAAGUGUAAAAUGCACAUUUUUGUGGCUUUAAGACUUUAAUGUAUGUAUUUUACCCAUUAUAGAUACGUGUUCGGUUUCUGGUAAAGGUACAGUUGUUCAUGGUUAAUGAGAUUCAGUUAAUUCCAAAAUAUGUAAAUAUGUAAUGGAUUGAUAUGAUUAUAUGUAUUAUAUAAACAAGUUUUACAUUUGUUGUAAAUGUUUUAUCAACUAAACCCUUCUAGGCCUGUAUAAAGUCCAGAUUUAUGCCUGAAAUGUUAUAUUUAAAGUGCAGACAAACUGGUUUGUCCUCAUAAACAAACAGGCCUAGGUCUUAGGAGCACACAGUGUAAUUAGUUGUGUGUCUGUGUUGAAGAGGGUUUUUUUGUUUGUAUUAUUAUGGAAGGUUGUUUAUUUGUAAAAUACGGUAAAGCUCUGUAUGAGAUUACUUUGAUGUUUGGUAAAUAAUGCUUUAAUCAUGUGUAUUAACACAAGAUGUGCUCAAGAUCAACUAUUUUUCUGCCAUUUCUUUGAAAAUUAUGUUAAAAAUGACUUCAUUAAUUCAUACAUAGGUACAUGCACUCUUCUAUACAAUAAUUCAUUUCUGCAUACUACCGUAAAAAAGUGCCUUUCUUAUAUUUUCAUCAUGCAAUACAUAUUUAUAAUUUUUUGUUGAUUAAAACAUUGUUACCUGA